UCGCGGCAGUUCAGACCUCGUGCUUGUCCCCCUAGCCUCUGUCUGUGUGUGGUAUCCGCAAGGUCCGGGGCACUUUUUUUUUUUUUUUUUGGUGUGAGCGUAUGUACGUGUGUGUGAGUGUGUGUUUUGGGGGUUAGUAGAGGAAAGAGGAAAGGAGAGGGGCCGAGUGGAAAGCCACAGAGCUCUCUUGUCUUGCUGGGUCUUUUCCUCUUGAGCGUCUCCCCUUUGCCCGUCUUCCGAGGCAGCAGCAAGAGGGCUUUCUUGUCUUCGGGAUUUGCCAUUCUCUGGCUUUGAGGAGAGAGAAUUUCUCCCCGGAGUGGACCCUGGUUAGUUCCUUCCUGCGCCUGGUGGAGUUAGGAUGCCAAGCAGUUGAAUCGAAUCUACUUAGAAGCGGCUUUUCUCCAGCUCCGGGAAGGGAAUUGAAGCCACAGCCACCGCGGAGGAGCAGCUGGGUUCUCCGAGGGGGGUUGGGGGGGGGUGGUCAAACGGCCUGAACUGAGCUCUCCUGUCCUCACUCCUCGGCACUCUCACCGCCUCAACUCGCCACCUUGGUCGUUCUUAAUUCAUCCUUUCUUCCUCCGGGAGGGCUUUCUUCGGAGCUAGCCCAGAGCCCCGGAUACGUUGGGGAUCUUGUGAGCGCUCCGGUUGGUGGAGCUGUCUGGUAGUGGCCCCCUCCCAGCCCGGCGGCGGUGAUUCGGAGGAGGGGGUAGAGGAGGUCAGUAGUAGCAGCAUCCACGGGUCUUGGGACUCCAACGCAGGACACCGCACCCUCCCCCGGUGAAUCCGCGGGGAGGACAAGGAUGUCUACGAACCCCCGGAGUCUGACUCCCUCUUCGCACUCGAGGGAAACCGGCCGGCUGCUGGCGGCGGAGCCCUAGCAAGACAAAGACAAGGAGACCCCCUUUCCCCACCCCCAGCAAGCUCGGCCUCGGCCUCCCCAUUCGCUUUCUGGAAGGACUUUUUUUCCCCUUAAUUUUUCCUUGGCUCUUUGUUUGUACUUGUGUCUGGUUCCCGAGCCUGGGAUAUUGUUCCGAGAGUGGGGUGGGGGGGGGCGGGGGAAACCACUCAAUUUCCCUGCCGCCCCCUGGUCCGGCUCUCCCCGCCCCCCCCUCUCCCUCACCUCCCCGGGUUCAGGUCUCUGUGCUUCAACCUACUCUCGCAGAAUCACGACCCCUCCCUGCGAUGUAUCCGCAAGGCAGACAUCCGGCUCCCCAUCAACCCGGGCAGCCGGGAUUUAAAUUUACUGUGGCCGAAUCCUGUGAUCGAAUCAAAGACGAAUUCCAGUUCUUACAAGCUCAAUAUCACAGUCUCAAAGUGGAGUACGACAAGCUGGCGAACGAGAAGACUGAAAUGCAGCGCCAUUAUGUUAUGUACUAUGAAAUGUCCUAUGGUCUGAACAUUGAAAUGCACAAACAGACAGAGAUUGCUAAGAGACUGAACACAAUUUUAGCUCAGAUCAUGCCUUUUCUGUCACAAGAGCACCAACAGCAAGUUGCACAGGCUGUGGAACGAGCCAAGCAGGUGACCAUGACGGAGUUGAAUGCCAUCAUCGGGGUACGUGGACUCCCCAAUCUGCCUCUCACCCAGCAGCAGCUCCAGGCCCAGCACCUCUCCCACGCCACUCAUGGUCCCCCUGUCCAGUUGCCGCCUCACCCUUCGGGCCUCCAGCCACCAGGCAUCCCUCCAGUCACAGGAAGCAGCUCAGGGCUGUUAGCGCUUGGUGCCCUUGGCAGUCAAGCCCACUUGACUGUGAAAGAUGAGAAAAACCAUCACGAGCUGGAUCACAGAGAGAGAGAAUCUAGCGCGAAUAACUCCGUGUCUCCUUCUGAAAGCUUGAGGGCUAGCGAGAAGCAUCGAAGUUCCACUGACUAUGGCAUCGACUCCAAGAAGAGAAAAGCAGAAGAAAAAGACAGCAUGAGUCGAUAUGAUAGCGAUGGUGACAAGAGUGAUGACCUUGUGGUAGAUGUGUCCAAUGAGGAUCCAGCCACACCCCGGGUCAGUCCAGCCCACUCCCCUCCUGAAAAUGGGAUAGAUAAAACCCGAGGACUGAAAAAGGAUGCUCCUAAUAGCCCUGCCUCGGUCGCCUCCUCCAGUAGCACUCCUUCUUCUAAGACAAAAGACCUUGGUCACAAUGAUAAAUCCUCCACCCCUGGUCUCAAGUCAAACACACCAACUCCAAGGAAUGAUGCCCCAACUCCUGGAACAAGCACGACUCCGGGGCUCCGAUCGAUGCCAGGCAAACCAUCUGGCAUGGAUCCCCUAGCAUCCACUCUGCGGACUCCCAUCUCUAUUGGCUCCUAUGCAGCUCCAUUUGCCAUGAUGAGCCAUCAUGAGAUGAAUGGGUCGCUCACCAGCCCAGGGGCCUAUGCGGGCCUACACCAAAUCCCACCUCAAAUGAGUGCUGCGGCCGCUGCUGCCUAUGGUCGAUCACCAAUGGUGAGCUUUGGAGCUGUCGGUUUUGACCCCCACCCCCCAAUGAGGGCCACUGGACUGCCCUCAAGCCUUGCUUCCAUUCCUGGAGGAAAACCGGCCUAUUCCUUUCAUGUGAGUGCUGAUGGCCAGAUGCAGCCAGUCCCCUUUCCCCACGAUGCCCUGGCUGGGCCUGGGAUUCCUCGGCAUGCACGACAGAUCAACACGCUAAGCCAUGGGGAAGUGGUAUGUGCUGUGACCAUCAGCAACCCCACCCGCCAUGUCUACACUGGAGGCAAAGGAUGUGUGAAAAUUUGGGACAUCAGCCAACCAGGGAGCAAAAGCCCCAUUUCCCAGCUUGAUUGCUUGAACCGAGAUAACUACAUCCGCUCCUGUAAGCUCCUUCCGGAUGGACGCACGCUCAUUGUGGGUGGUGAAGCCAGCACCCUGACCAUCUGGGACCUGGCAUCACCAACACCUAGAAUCAAAGCUGAGCUGACAUCCUCUGCCCCAGCCUGCUAUGCUUUGGCCAUCAGCCCUGAUGCCAAAGUUUGUUUUUCCUGUUGCAGUGAUGGGAAUAUUGCUGUUUGGGACCUUCACAACCAAACUCUGGUCAGGCAAUUUCAGGGCCACACAGAUGGUGCCAGUUGUAUAGAUAUUUCUCACGAUGGCACCAAGUUGUGGACAGGCGGCUUAGAUAACACAGUCCGAUCCUGGGACUUGAGGGAAGGCAGACAGCUACAGCAACAUGAUUUCACUUCCCAGAUCUUCUCCUUAGGUUACUGCCCCACUGGGGAGUGGCUGGCUGUAGGCAUGGAAAGCAGCAAUGUGGAAGUGUUGCAUCAUACCAAACCAGAUAAAUACCAGCUGCACCUGCAUGAGAGCUGUGUGCUCUCCUUGAAAUUUGCCUACUGUGGCAAAUGGUUUGUAAGCACGGGGAAAGACAAUCUUCUCAAUGCCUGGAGAACGCCGUAUGGUGCUAGCAUAUUCCAGUCUAAAGAAUCCUCAUCUGUCUUGAUUGUGACAUUUCAGCUAGAGGACAAAUACAUUGUAACAGGCUCUGGUGACAAGAAGGCCACAGUUUAUGAGGUCAUCUACUAAACAAGGAUUCUAACAGGGCUGUCAAACUCUGGGAAAAACAGACCCCAGCUCUGACAAUACAAUGGGCAAGGGCUCACUGAAGGAUGUCGGGAGAAUGAAGCGUAGGCAGUCAUGCAUUCAGAACCUUUUUUUCUGGCAAGCCGAGAGGGGAUGUGCCACGUCACGGUCUGGGACUAAUGUGCAUGGAUUGAUACGUUUCAGCAACUUGGAUAGAUUUUUUUUCCCCCCUCCUCCCCUCUUAAAAACCCUGGCAGAUGAUGCAAAUGGAUUUCUUUGGAUGUUUUCGGCUCUGGCACCCAAGGAAACCCUCACAAAUUAUGCCUUCUUUCACUUUCUUUUUAUUCAGUUCUCAUUUGUCUACGCUUCAGUGGCACUAUAGUGGAUGGCCUUUUUUUUUUUUUUUGGAGGGGAUGCUUUCCUCCCCCUCCCCCAAUUGUGCAGUGCACAAGACUUGUGAAAAAUGUAAAUAAUGGACAAAUAAAUAAGACUGGACAAGAGGGAAAAGGAAGAGACUCCUUCCUACUGGGUACACUAGCUGUGUAUUUUGUCUGCUGUAAUUGUAAUCCACUGAUGGUGGUGGCUUUUUUUUUUUUUUUUUAAAGAAGUUCUUAUCUGGGAGGGAGGAGGGGAGGGGUCGUGGGAGAUGGGGUUUGGGGGUGGGAAACCGGACCAGUUGGGGAGGAAAAAAAUAGCCUUUUUGGACCCACAGCUGGUUUACCAGAUUGAACAAAAGGCAUCCACUGGUCAGCAUUGUUCCUCCUGUUGUACAUGUGAAUUGUUCAGUGUGUGAGUCAAAUGUUUGAACACUGUAUGGGCUGACAGGAUGUGGGUCGGGAUGCCAGCUACCAAUAGAGCAUCAGCAGAAACAAUCCGAUUUUCUAUGGACUUGUUCUUUUUCUUUUCUUUUUCUUUUUUCCUUUCUUUUUGGAUGUUUUGGAGAUACUAGAAAGUCCCAGCAAACUCCUGCUCCAGCCCCUUUUCAUCUUUGGACACAGCCUAUAAAAGGAAUAAUCUCAAAGGAAGCAUAGCAAACUCAGCUCAGGGAGCUACCAGAGAAAAUAGCAACUAAUGUGUGGGUUUUUUCCUUUAUUUUUUUUUUUUUUUGUAUUUGAAUAAAAAUCAAGAAUUAGAAUGGAUGGUCUUUUUAACGGCAUCUUCUUACCCUCUCCCAUCCACUGUUCUUUCUCUUCCACUUCUCAAAAAGGGGGAGGGGGAGUUUGUUGGCCUGGGAGUACAUAUGGAAGGGUCACUUUACUUUUGGUCAACCUAGGCUCCUGGCAUUCAGUCAAUUGUUACUGGCUCCAACAGAUUGAAAUUGGAAACAGCCUGACUCGGGCCUACUAUUGCCACUUUUUGUACCAAAAGGAGUUUUGGUUGUUUUUCAUUUUUAUUUUGAUUCAUUUUAAAAUUUCUUUUUCUUUUUUUUUUUAAAUGAAGAUGAAGCUAAUGGCCAUUGUGAGUCCUUGUGUAGAGGACGGGCUCACCCAGUGAUGUAGCAUAUGGAAGAGAAUUUUUAUACUACAUUUUUAUGGAUUAUUUUUAAAUUUUUGAUUCAAUCUGGUCAAAAGGAACGAGGGGGUGGGAUAUGAUGAAAACUACCUGUCUUAAAAGUUCUUUCUAGGGCAAAAACAUUCUAUAUAUAAUAAAAAGGAUGAAGAGGUGGGUGUUAUGGACCUUUCUCUCUUGGGGUAAGGGGGAGCUUUUCUUUCUGCGUCUCUCUGUAUCCCAAAUGUUUAGCCAUUGCCUCUCAACUAUGGUGUUUGCCAUGAGGGAGGGAAGAGAAUGGAAGGGACUCAACUCUUAAAAAAAAAAAAAGGGAGAAAAAAUGAGAAGUAAUUGUAAUGAGCUGUUUUUAUAUUUUUAAAAGUCUAAUAUUUAAAGGUUGGUUUGUGUUUUA